AUGACGGUAGGACAUAUAUCGGCCUACGAGGGGAACAUGUUGUUAUACACCGACACUGACUCAGUAUGGUGUAAGGUGUUUCCCUCUACAUUGACCGGGCUGGGACAGACAUGGUUUAAAAGCACACCACCGGCAACGGUCUUCUACUUCUGCCAGCUUACAUCAAUGUUUGUUACACAGUUCGUUAGCAAUAAACGAAGGGAGAAAACCACCGGCGAGCUGAUGUCAGUCAAGCAAGGAGAGACAGAGAGUCUACGGGACUAUGUCGGGCGUUUUAACGCAGAGGCUGUCACCAUCCCUACACUCCAGCAGGAAGUCGCUGUUUUAGCUCUCAUGACGGGACUGAAGGAAGGAACUCCUUUCAGAAAUUAUCUUGGUCGGAAGAAGCUAACCAGCCUCACAGAGGUGCUGGGUAAGGCCAACGACUACAUCCGGAGAGAGGAAUUUGACAAAGCCUCAAAUGCUAAGAGGCCGGCAGCAGAGGAGAAAGAUAAAGAAAAAGACCGUAAAGAAGAUAAAUACCGGAAAGAUAAAAAGUCGGACACCUCCAAUAGAAGAGAGGAGAGUAUUUCUGUGAAAAAGGGGCAUGAAGGCCUACCAGACAAGUACCACAACUAUACUCCUCUCACGACAUCCCGUGCCCAAAUAUACGAGUUGCACAAAGAUGACGACAAGUGGCGAAGGCCUCGGAAGAUGUUCUACAAAGGCCGGGAUAAGUCAAAAUGGUGUGAAUUUCACAGGGAUUAUGGUCAUAUAACUGAAGACUGCAAAGACCUAAAGGACGGGAUCGAAGACCUCAUUAGAAGAGGAUACUUCACCCAGUACCAAGCAAGGGUUGACCAAAAAUCUCCAUCCCGAGAGGAUGAAAACGGAAAUAGAAGGCCAGUCAAAGACAGGAUCACUGAAAUCUACGUCAUCUCAGGUGGACCGACAAGAGGAGGAAGCAUACAUGGUGCCAAAGCCAGUUUGAAAGAAGUUAGGCACCAAGUAAACUACAACAACGCGGGAAAGUGGCCGGCACCUCCAGCCAUGCCAUCUAUGGCUUUUACAUCAGAGGACGCCAGGGGUAUUCUCUACCCCCAUGAUGAUCCCCUGGUAGUAUAUCUGCAGAUAUCAACCGCAAUGGUUCAUCGCGUGCUGGUAGAUGGGGGAAGUUCUGCCAAUAUACUAUAUAAAGAGAUGUUUGAAAUAUUGGGCUUCGACACUGCAUGUUUGAAACCGGUCUCAUACCCAGUUAUCGGUUUCACAGGGGCCUCUGUCGUCCGAGAAGAAACCAUCAAGCUGGCUGUAAAACUGGGGGAGAAAUCUCACUCAAGAGACCUGCUGGUGGAAUUCGUCGUGGUCGAUGUGCCGGCGGCAUACAACGCCAUCAUAGGACGACCUCUGAUCCAUGACGCUCAAGCAGUGGUAUCAACCUACCACCUUACAAUGGUCUAUACCUCAAAUGACAGCAACCCCGAGAAACUCCGGGGGAACCAGGAGUCAGCAAGGGCAUGUUACUUGACCGCCCUCAGACAUUCUGACCGUAAACGUCCGGCGGAUAUCCCACCGUUGGAGUGGAAGAAACGACGGCUGGAAAAUAAGGCCAAGAAAGAUCUGUCAAUUUGGGAGAUAAGUUACAGCUCUACGUGUCGGUCUCACAGAAUACGGUAG